UUCUUUCUUGAUCUUUCUCCGUUUUAUAAAUCUUGGGCCACAGCAAAGAAUAAAUCAGAGGCUGGAUCAAUAACGUGGGGUUUAUGGGUUUUCUCAGAAACCCUAGAACCCGAUAUUAACUUCUUAUUCACUCUAGCUAUCUCUCAAUGGAUCAAUAUGUGAUCAGGACCUGAAGUGAACGAGAUACGAAGAUAGUUAAAAGAGGAAACAUUGAGAAACGUUUAUCUGAGGAAAACUGAAAAGUUCUCAACUCCCAAACAGAUCUGUAAACGAAAAAAGCUUUUGAAAGUCGUAAGGUCGCCAUCAUCUUGAUUCAGAGAGCUAGAGAGACAACAAACAAUGGCGUCUUCAUCAAGCUCACCAUGCGCAGCAUGUAAAUUCCUAAGGAGAAAAUGCACACAAGAAUGUGUAUUCGCUCCGUAUUUCCCACCAGACCAACCUCACAAGUUCGCAUACGUUCACAAAAUAUUCGGAGCAAGUAACGUCGCUAAGCUUCUCAACGACCUCGCCUCAAAUCAAAGAGAAGACGCCGUUAACUCUCUUUUCUACGAAGCCGAAGCUAGGCUUCGCGACCCGGUUUACGGUUGCGUCGGUUUAAUCUCAAUCCUUCAGCAUCGCCUUAAACAGCUUCAACACGACCUUGAUAACGCCAAGAAAGAACUCGCUGCUUACGCUUCUCCUAACGCUAUGCAUCAUCAUACUCAACCGCAUUUUAUGUCUCUACCGCCUCAACCGCUGCGUCCGUCUUCUGCUUCUUCUUCAGCCUCUGUGCUGACUCAGCAGCAGCUUCGUAACUUGUUACCAGUAUUAGCUUUUCCAACUGACCUACUCUACCAUCAGCAACAUCAACAUAAUUUCGAGACGCAGCAAUUAGCAGCGGUUGCGGUUGCGAGAGACCCACACAACGAAAUUUUUAGAGCGUUUGGCGGUGGAAGAAGUGAUAGUCCACAUCAUCAUCAAAACCAACCUCAAAUUGAUAUUUUGAGGUUUAAUAGUGGUUUUGACUCUGUACCGACCGGUUCAGUUACAGUAACCGGGGUUAAUCAAUUAAGCUCAGGCGGUUCGACCGUAACCGGAAUGUCAUCUUUAGCUCGUGGUGGCAAUAUUGUUGAUAGUCCUCCCUCUAAUGAUAACUACCAUACGGAUGAGCAAUUACAGCAUCAUCAUCAACAACAACAUAAUGGGGCUCAGUUUUUCUUACCUACACAAUCUUCUCAACCUCUACCGCUUCAAACGCAGCCAAAUUCAGAGAGCAAGGAGGAUAAAAGGGAUAUCACUGGUUCAUCUCAGUGAUUAAUCAACGAGAGAUUUAAAAUAAUAAUACGGCCUUUGACCUUCAAGUUGGAAACUCUGACUUUGCUCAAGGCAUUACGGCACAAACGAGUUUUUCUUCCUUUCUAAUUUUGUCGCAUGUCCAAAAGCGAAAUGACACUCAACAUGUAAAAGUCAAACGGCACACACAAAAGUCAACAAUUUUGGUUGAUUCUGAGUUUUGUUGAAGAGUAUAACCCAAAGCUGUCUUUGUAAAUUUGAUGUUACGAGCACGGUCACUUGCCCGAGUGGUUUAUCACAAUGUCAAACCAAACCAUGGAAUAAGUCAUCUUUGUGUUCUCCAUUGUUGAUAUGUUUUAUUUCUGAAAUUCCUUCUAAAUUGGUUAGUUGAGUUAAUAGCUUACUCUCUUUUUUUUCUCCACCUUUUCACAAGUGAUCCCUUGGACUUUUUAACUUAUAAUUUGCAUACUAAUUUU